UGACGUUCCUUUUGUAAAGGUCGCUCUUUCCUUCCCCUCUCCCAGAACAUUAUUCUUUUCAGAUAUCCGUUGUCAAGCCGCCAAAGUGGAGAGUGUCGUUGCACCAGGGGGUCCUUCUCGUUUCAGUGUAGGGGGAGGAGGUGGGGGUGCACCUCAGCACUAUCCCAAGACUGUCGGCAACAGCGAGUUCCUGGGGAAAACCCCAGGUUCUAGCGUUGAGAGAUGGUUACCUUCUCGAAGCACUAGACGAGAUGCCAACUCCUCCACCGAGAAAGGGCAAAAUGAUGCAGUCUUCAGGAAAGUGAGAGGCAUUCUUAAUAAGCUGACUCCUGAGAAGUUUGACAAACUAUGCCUGGAGCUCCUCAAUGUGGGUGUAGAUUCAAAACUGGUCUUAAAAGGAACCAUCUUGUUGAUUGUUGACAAAGCCCUCGAAGAGCCCAAGUAUAGCCAGUUAUACGCUCAACUAUGUCUGCGCCUGGCAGAGGAUGCACCAAACUUUGAAGGCCCAUCAACUGAAAAUCAAGCAACACAAAAACAGAAUACUACCUUCAGAAGGCUUCUGAUUUCCAAGCUUCAAGAUGAGUUUGAGAACCGCGCCAAAAAUGUUGAACUAUUUGACAAACAAGACAACCCACUCACCUCUGAGGAGGAGGAGCAGCGUGGUAUUGCAAAGCUCAAGAUGCUGGGCAACAUCAAAUUCAUUGGGGAACUUGGAAAACUCAAUCUUAUCCACGAGUCUAUCCUUCAUAAGUGCAUCAAAACACUUUUGGAAAAGAAGAAGAGAGUCCAACUUAAGGAUAUGGGUGAAGAUUUGGAAUGCCUCUGUCAGAUAAUGAAAACAGUGGGACCUAAACUUGAUCAUGAAAAAGCUAGAUCUUUGAUGGAUCAGUACUUCAGCCGCAUGCGAUCCUUAACAAACAACGAGGAACUGCCAGCUAGGAUCCGUUUCCUUCUGCAGAAUACAGUGGAGCUGCGAGACAACAACUGGGCGCCUCGCAAAGCUUAUGUUGACAACGGCCCAAAGACGAUCAACCAAGUUCGCCAGGAUGCAGUAAAGGAUUUAGGUGUUUUUAUUCCACCUCCAACUGAUGGAAUGAGGAAUGAGUUCUUCAUGGAAAACUCCUCCUUCCUGCCAACAAGGAUCAAGUUUGACAGGGAAACUCUUGGUGGGCUAGCUGAUAUGUUUGGACAAAUGCCAGGAAGUGGCAUUGGUACAGGUCCAGGGGUCAUUCAGGACCACUAUUCUCCUACCAUGGGGCGCCAUCGUUCAAACCCGAUCUACAAUGGCCACAUUGGAAAUGGCAACAGUUCACACCAGUCUCAGUUUGAAGCGGGAAGCAAACAAUUCAUUAAACCAAACCAGGGCCAGAGUUCACCGGUUUUCAACCAUAAACAGAGUCACUCAGUGCAGAUGCAGUCUAAGGAUAUGGCUCCACGGUUCAGCAAGAAAGGGAAGCUCAAUGCUGAAGAGAUCAGCCUGAGACCAGCACAGUCCUUCAUCUUGAAUAAAAAACAAGUGCCGAAGCUGCAGCCACAGAUGACUAUGAUUCCUCCAAGUGCCCAAGGUUCCCCACUUGGACAGCUUGGCCUGAAAACCAACCCUCCUCCAAUUCAGGAAAAACCUGCAAAGUCCACUAAAAAAGCUCCUCCUACGAAGGAAGAGCUGCACAAAAUGACAGAGACAUUGGUGGCAGAUUACCUGAACAGCAAGAACGUCGAUGAGGCAGUGAAUGCUGUGAGGGAGAUGAAGGCUCCAAAGCACUUCUUGUCUGAGAUGCUGAACAAGAUCGUGGUCUAUACUCUUGAUCGUUCAGAUGAGGAUAAGGAACAUGCAAGCACCCUGAUCCAGGCACUCUGCGCUGAGGGCCUUGCCACCGGUGAAAACCUAAUGCAGGCCUUUUUGAGUGUUCUGGACCAGUGUCCCAAGAUUGAGGAAGAAGUCCCAUUGGUCAAGUCCUUCCUGGCUCAGUUUGCAGCACGCGCUAUUGUUACCAGCCUGGUUAGCAUUGCAGAUCUGGCCCAUCACCUGGAGAAUGGUGCACACUUCCCGCUGUUCUUGCUGUGCCUGCAGCAGAUGGUCAAGCUGAAGGACCGUGAGUGGCUGACUGACCUGUUCCAGCAGAGCAAGGUCAACAUGCAGAAGAUGCUACCUGAAAUUGACCAGAACAAGGACAGGAUGCUGGAGAUUCUGGAGGGCAAAGGUCUCAGUUUUUUGUUCCCUCUGAUGAAACUGGAGAAAGAGCUACUGAAGCAGAUCAAAGUAGAUCCCUCUCCACAGUCGAUCUACAAGUGGAUCAAAGACAACAUCUCUCCUAAACUCCACACUGACAAAGGCUUUGUCAACAUCCUCAUGACCAGCUUCUUGCAGUACAUUGCUUAUGAGAUCAACCCUGACGACGACGAAGAGCAGUUCGCAACGCCCACUAAGGAGCAGCUGGAUGAGGAGAAGCAACUGCUGCUGUCUUUCAAGCCGGUGAUGCAGAAGUUCCUACACGAUCACGUCGACCUGCAAGUCGGCGCGCUGUAUGCCCUGCAGGUCCACUGCAAUGCCAAGGGUUUCCCCAAAGGCAUGUUACUGCGCUACUUUGUGAACUUUUAUGACAUGGAAAUAAUUGAAGAAGAAGCCUUCCUUUCGUGGAAAGAAGAUGUCACCCAGGAGUAUCCAGGGAAGGGAAAAGCAUUAUUUCAGGUGAACCAGUGGCUGACCUGGCUGGAGACUGCAGAAGAAGAGGAGUCGGAGGGUGAAGAUUACUGAGGAACAGGCCAAAGCCAUGUGUUAUCAGGAUGCAAUGAAUGGUGUUUUUUUUUUUUUUUUUUUUUGGUGUUUUUUUUUUUUUUUUUUUAACUUUUUGUGUUUUGGUCUCCAUAUACCCUUCAGUCUCGACCUAACCCCCCUUGCCGCCCUCUUGUUUAUACGUAUUUUCCAACCACUGUUACAGCUCAUUCCACUAGGAAAUGUUUGCCAGAUCAAGCCAGCACCCACCACCAUCUUAUUGUAUUUAUGUCCAACAGCAGAUGUUUUCAGACAUUUCAGUCAUCUUGGGUUUUCUUUAACAGUAGGCAGUAUUGUGCAGGAAACUGUACCAGCACCAAAACUUGACCCAUUUUAUCACCUUUUCCACCUGGGAGGAGUCACCAAGUGCUGCCCUAUUUACAUAAAAACUGUUUACAAAAAGAAAAUGCUGUAACGUAUUGCAAAGAGACUUUUCUCUUAUCAGCAUUUAUCAGUUUUUAGAUGCACUUUGCUCAAUAUCAUGAGUCGUUGCAAUAGUAAGAUACACUUUCCUUGAUUUGUUUAAACAAUCCUAAGUUGCGGUUUUUGGCUGCCAUAAUUAUAAUUGUUGUGCUUGAAAGCAGACCAUUUUGUAUGAAGAUUUAUAACAAUCUGGAUUGACGAUGUCUAACAAUGGCCUGUCUGUUUGUGUUUUUUUUUUUUUUUUUUUGCACAGUGUGAUUUCAGUUACUCACAUUUAGCUUAAUGAAUCAAGAGCUUUUUUUAUGUACAAAACUUUUGUGCUGUUAAGAAUGAAUCUGUGUGGCCUUUUUUUAAUUUAUCAGUUCAUAUGGAUAUACCUCUAAUGUAUCUCGGACUAUACUUGAAUGUCUCGGUUUUAACAUUGAGACAGCCAAAGCUUAGUUUCCUGUGCUACAGUUGUAUUUUACGUCUGUUUGCCAUAUUUGUCAAGUUUUUAAAUGGUCUUUUUAUCUUCAUGAAAUUAUAAAAAAAAAAAAAAUUCCUGUAUAUGUACACUUAACCUUCUUUAGGGAGUUUUACUGUAAGUGUAAAAGAAGUUGAGUGUACAACUACAGAUUGACCAUGAAUAAAGUUUAACAGUUCACUUCAUUA